CUUCUCUCUUUCCCUCAUUUUCCUCUAUAUUUGUGUCCCUUGCCUCCUCCUUCAUUAGCAAAUUUUCCUUCUUUUUCUACUCAGCUAAGCAACAAAAAAAACAACACUGCUAGUACUAGUCCUUUUAAGGGCUUUAAAACUUCUCCUCCCUUCUUCUCUUCAUCCUUUCCAAGAUUUUUCACACAGUCACACAGUACUCGAAACUCAUCAAAACAACUACAAGAACAACAACCAAAGAGGCGCAGUUUCCCAAAGAACCCAUCUGGCCAACAGAUCGGAAAAACAAAAAAGAAAAAAAGGAAGGAAAAAAAAAACACGAACCACUAUUUAGUUUUUAGAAGUUGGAAAUAAUGAAUAUGAACUCGGGAGCAUCUUCUUCUUCUUCUUCCCAUGACAAUAACUGGCUUGCUUUCUCUCUUUCCAACCAUCUCUUCGAAUCCUUCAACAAUCCUCCUAAUUCCUGUACUACCCUUUUUCUCUCUUAAUAUAUUUGUGGUUUUUUUUUUUAAUAACAUAAACAUAAAAAUAAAUGAUUUGUUUUUUUUUUUUUUUGUAGCAAAUGAAGUAAAUAAUGGUGCAAGUGGAACUACAGCUACAGAUUUAUCCACGGUUCUCAACUAUGGUGCUACAAGUAGUCCUAAGCUUGAAGACUUUCUUGGCGGCGGCAGCGGCGGCGCUAAUGGCUCCACCUCAGCUGCGGCGGCCGGAGCUGGUGGCAAUGAUGUUUGUCAGCUCGCGGCGGAAGCUUCAUCCGUCCAGCAUCAUCAUCAUCAUAUGCUUACGACAACUGAUUUGUACGAUUCCGAGCUGAAAUCUAUAGCAGCGAGCUUCUUACGUGGUUAUACCACCGAACUGACGGAAUCCCAGAAGCAGUUGGCGGUGGUUUCGCCGCCCGAGCCUCCGGCGAAGAAGGCGGUGGAAACAUUUGGACAGCGUACCUCGAUAUUCAGAGGCGUUACUAGGCAUAGGUGGACCGGAAGAUAUGAAGCUCAUCUAUGGGACAAUACUUGCAGAAGAGAAGGCCAAAGUAGAAAGGGAAGACAAGUUUAUUUGGGUGGAUAUGAUAAAGAAGAGAAAGCAGCUAGGGCGUAUGAUCUUGCUGCCCUCAAGUACUGGGGUCCGACCACUACUACAAACUUUCCGGUGUCUAACUAUGAGAAAGAAUUAGAGGAAAUGAAGCACAUGACGAGACAAGAAUUUGUUGCUUCUCUUAGAAGGAAAAGUAGUGGGUUUUCUCGAGGCGCAUCGAUUUAUAGAGGAGUCACGAGGCAUCAUCAACAUGGUCGUUGGCAAGCACGAAUCGGGAGAGUAGCGGGGAACAAGGACCUCUACCUUGGGACUUUCAGCACUCAAGAAGAAGCUGCAGAAGCUUAUGAUAUCGCCGCAAUCAAAUUUAGAGGCCUCAAUGCAGUGACAAACUUCGACAUCAGCCGUUACGAUGUCAAGAGCAUUGCAUCUUCCAACCUACCCGUCGGAGGCAUGUCCAGCAAAUCCACCAAGACCUCGUCCGAUUCCAUGUCCGACAACAAAUCAGGCGACGGAAGCCACCACUCCAACGAGAACGACCACCAUUCUCCGGCCACAUCGGUGUCCUUUCCGUCCCAUCACCACCAGCCGGCUCCGUCAACCUCCACAGUAGUAACCUUCAACAACCCAGAGUUUUGGUCCAACUUAGGCUACCACAACACUUCCUCACUGAACAACUGUGCGGCCAAAGCCAUCCCAUUUUUCCAAAAUCCAAAUAACCCAAAUGGUACAACUACAUUAACCCAAUGUACAACACCACCAACCCAGUUCAAUUUAGAUCAAUUGCCAACCACUAACAGUAACAUUGAUGGUUACUUCAGCGGAUACUAUCAGAAUUAUGGUGAUCAUCAUAAUGUCAAUGGUACGACUACUACUGCAUCAAGUACAAGUGGAGAAGCUGGAGAAGGGCUGGUUACGCGAAUCGGGUUAAGCAGCAAUGUGACCACCACUGGCAGUCCUUAUAAUGGGACUAAUAUUGGCAAUUGGAUUGCGCCGAGUCAUCAUCAUUCAUUCCAAUCUGCAAAGCCAAAUCUAUCAGUUUUUCAGACUGCCAUUUUUGGGAUGGAAUGAGCUCAUCAAGAAUUGAAGACAAGAAGAGAGGGAAUCCAUCAUUCAAAUUUUUUCGCUUUGGUGAAAAAUACUCUUGGUGGAUUGGUCAAAGGGGCGGGCUCUCUGAUCUGAUGGAGAAAACUUUCGCUUUUUUGCAUGGAAUGACAUAAAUGGGGACUGACAAAUCAUUUUGGUUUCACAACAAAGGAGAAUUCGGGCAGUGGACUAACUGGAAAAAACUUUUGUUUUAAGGUCUCUCUUUUCUUCUUUUCCCUUUUCUUUUUGUUCUUUAUCUACUUUUUUUUUUUUUUUUUUGGCCCUUCCCUUCCCGCUUUAGGUUCUGACAUAUGAUUAAUCGAUCGGGGUAGAAUUUGGAAAAAAGAAAAAGGAAAAACCCUUCUGUAAAUUAAUCUUCUGUCCGGUAGCUACUAGCUUUAGCUAAUUCUAGACUUCUAGUUUUAAAUUUUUGUACUAUAUAAGUUAUGUUGUAAUAUUCCGCAACAAUAUGAUGUUGUACGAAAAAAAUAUAGAGCAAGAGACUUCUGAUUUGCUCCAAUUGAUGCAUGGGUUCUUUGACUAGAUGUCACGUCAGUCCUCAUUGGUUAUCAAUUUGAAGUGAUAUGGAAUAUUAGAAUUAAGAGGUCCCUCAUGUCCAAUUGAUCUAGAUAGACAUAAAUCAUUUUGUCUUACCUUUUUGGUAGGUGAUUAGUUUAGCAAUGUAGCUUCAUUAAAACUAUAUUCGUUCUGUUUUAAAAUAAAUUUUGUAAUGUUGUGUGAAGUUAUU